CAUAGGUAGCCCUCUGAAAAUUCAUCCAGUUUUUCUAAAUUAUGGAAAUUUUGUGGAAGACGUUGACCUGGAUUUUGAGCCUCAUCAUGGCAUCAUCAGAAUUUUAUAGUGAUAACAGGCUUUCAUACAGUUCUCAAGAGGAAUUCCUGACAUAUCUUGAACACUACCAGCUAACUAUUCCAAUAAGGGUUGAUCAAAAUGGAGCUUUUCUCAGCUUUACUGUGAAAAAUGAUAAACACUCAAGGAGAAGACGGAGUAUGGACCCUCUUGAUCCACAGCAGGCAGUAUCUAAGUUAUUUUUUAAACUUUCAGCCUAUGGCAAGCACUUUCACCUAAACUUGACUCUUAACACAGAUUUUGUGUCCAAACAUUUUACAGUAGAAUACUGGGGGAAAGAUGGACCCCAGUGGAAACAUGAUUUUUUAGACAACUGUCAUUACACAGGAUACUUGCAAGAUCAACAUAGUACAACUAAAGUGGCUUUAAGCAACUGUGAUGGAUUGCAUGGUAUUAUUGCUACAGAAGAUGAAGAAUAUUUUAUUGAACCGUUAAAGAAUACCACAGAGGAUUCCAAGCAAUUUAGUUAUGAAAAUGGCCAUCCUCAUGUUAUUUACAAAAAGUCCACCCUGCAACAAAGGCAUCUAUAUGAUCACUCUCAUUGUGGGGUUUCAGAUCUCACAAGAAGUGACACACCUUGGUGGCUGAAUGCUACAUCUGCUUUUCCUUCUUCGCUACUAAUUAAUGACACACAUAUCCGUCACAGACAGAAGAGAUCAGUAAGCAUUGAACGAUUUGUGGAGACAUUGGUUGUGGCAGACAAAAUGAUGGUGGGCUACCAUGGACGCAAAGACAUCGAACAUUACAUUUUGAGUGUAAUGAAUAUUGUUGCCAAACUUUACCGUGAUUCCAGCCUAGGAAACGUUGUGAAUAUUAUAGUAGCCCGCUUAAUUGUUCUCACAGAAGAUCAGCCAAACUUGGAGAUAAACCACCAUGCAGACAAGUCCCUCGAUAGCUUCUGUAAAUGGCAGAAAUCCAUUCUCUCUCACCAAAGUGAUGGAAACACCAUUCCAGAAAAUGGGAUUGCCCACCACGAUAAUGCGGUUCUUAUUACUAGAUAUGAUAUCUGCACUUACAAAAAUAAGCCCUGUGGGACACUGGGCUUGGCCUCUGUGGCUGGAAUGUGUGAGCCUGAAAGGAGCUGCAGCAUUAAUGAAGACAUUGGCCUGGGUUCAGCUUUUACCAUUGCACAUGAGAUUGGUCACAAUUUUGGUAUGAACCAUGAUGGAAUUGGAAAUUCUUGUGGGACGAAAGGUCAUGAAGCAGCAAAACUUAUGGCAGCUCAUAUUACUGCAAAUACCAAUCCUUUUUCCUGGUCUGCCUGCAGUCGAGACUAUAUCACCAGCUUUCUAGAUUCAGGCCGUGGUACUUGCCUUGAUAAUGAGCCUCCCAAGCGUGACUUUCUUUAUCCAGCUGUGGCUCCAGGUCAGGUGUAUGAUGCUGAUGAACAAUGUCGUUUCCAGUAUGGAGCAACAUCCCGCCAGUGUAAAUAUGGGGAAGUGUGUAGAGAGCUCUGGUGCCUCAGCAAAAGCAACCGUUGUGUCACCAACAGUAUUCCAGCAGCUGAGGGGACACUCUGUCAAACUGGGAAUAUUGAAAAGGGGUGGUGUUAUCAGGGAGAUUGUGUUCCUUUUGGCACUUGGCCCCAGAGCAUAGAUGGGGGCUGGGGUCCCUGGUCACUAUGGGGAGAGUGCAGCAGGACCUGCGGGGGAGGCGUCUCCUCAUCCCUAAGACACUGUGACAGUCCAGCACCUUCAGGUGGUGGAAAAUAUUGCCUUGGGGAAAGGAAACGUUAUCGCUCCUGUAACACAGAUCUAUGCUCUUUGGGGUCCCGAGAUUUUCGAGAGAAACAGUGUGCAGACUUUGACAAUAUGCCUUUCCGUGGAAAGUAUUAUAACUGGAAACCCUAUACUGGAGGUGGAGUAAAACCUUGUGCAUUAAACUGCUUGGCUGAAGGUUACAACUUCUACACUGAACGUGCCCCUGCAGUGAUUGAUGGGACUCAGUGCAAUGCGGAUUCACUGGAUAUCUGUAUCAAUGGAGAAUGCAAGCAUGUAGGUUGUGAUAAUAUUUUGGGAUCUGAUGCUAGGGAAGAUAGAUGUCGAGUCUGUGGAGGGGAUGGAAGCACAUGUGAUGCCAUUGAAGGGUUCUUCAAUGAUUCGUUGCCCAGAGGAGGCUACAUGGAAGUGGUACAGAUACCAAGAGGUUCUGUUCAUAUUGAAGUCAGAGAAGUUGCCAUGUCAAAAAACUAUAUUGCUUUAAAAUCUGAAGGGGAUGAUUACUACAUUAAUGGAGCCUGGACUAUUGACUGGCCUAGGAAGUUUGAUGUUGCUGGAACAGCUUUUCACUACAAGAGACCAACUGAUGAACCAGAGUCCUUAGAAGCUUUAGGUCCCACCUCAGAAAAUCUCAUUGUCAUGGUUCUGCUUCAGGAACAGAAUUUGGGAAUUAGGUAUAAAUUCAACGUUCCCAUCACUCGAACUGGCAGUGGAGACAAUGAAGUUGGCUUUACAUGGAAUCAUCAGCCUUGGUCAGAAUGUUCAGCUACUUGUGCUGGAGGUGUCCAAAGACAAGAGGUGGUCUGUAAAAGGUUGGAUGACAACUCCAUUGUCCAGAACAAUUACUGUGACCCUGACAGUAAGCCACCUGAAAAUCAAAGAGACUGCAACACUGAGCCCUGCCCACCUGAGUGGUUUAUUGGGGAUUGGUUGGAGUGCAGCAAGACUUGUGAUGGCGGAAUGCGCACAAGGGCAGUGCUCUGCAUCAGGAAGAUUGGCCCUUCUGAGGAGGAGACCCUGGACUACAGUGGUUGUUUAACUCACCGGCCUAUUGAAAAAGAAUCCUGCAACAACCAGUCAUGUCCACCUCAGUGGAUGGCUUUGGACUGGUCAGAAUGUACUCCAAAAUGUGGUCCAGGAUUCAAACAUCGGAUUGUUCUGUGCAAGAGCAGUGACCUUUCUAAAACAUUCCCAGCUGCACAAUGCCCAGAGGAAAGCAAACCUCCUGUCCGCAUCCGCUGCAGUUUGGGCCGCUGCCCUCCUCCUCGUUGGGUGACUGGAGACUGGGGCCAGUGUUCUGCUCAGUGUGGCCUUGGACAGCAAAUGCGGACAGUGCAAUGUCUCUCCUACACUGGACAGGCAUCUGGUGACUGUCUAGAAACUGUUCGGCCUCCGUCGAUGCAGCAGUGUGAAAGCAAAUGUGACAGUACCCCCAUUUCCAAUACCGAAGAGUGCAAAGAUGUGAACAAAGUGGCUUAUUGCCCACUGGUGCUGAAGUUCAAGUUCUGCAGUCGAGCAUACUUCAGACAGAUGUGUUGUAAGACCUGCCAAGGACACUGACCCAUGGAAGGGCAGAGAGAGAGCCUUGUCAUUUCAUUGUGGAAGUGUGUCCAUCAAAGAGAGCCACCCAGAGGAAGAGGAUUGAUGUCCUUGCAGAUACAUUACCCUGUGGAAAACAUAACCACUGGUCAGCCCUAGCUGACAGGAUUUCAAUAUUAUUUUAACUUCUGUGAAGUGGGAUUUAUUGAUCCAAAGUUCUGGACACAGUAUUAGGAGGGAAUGCCAGAUUGGAGAGAUCCAAACAACACAGGGAGACUUGCUUACUGUGGAACGUUUGUGUUCUUUCGAGUAAAUCCAAUAGCCUGUUUACCUCCUUGGACCAUUAAGAUAAUUUUUAUUAUGGACUUAGCAAUGACACUGAAUCCAUUUGUAUUUAAAACUGUUUCAAAUGUAGCUGUUAUGACUUGGUCAAUGAUGGAAGUAAAGAAGAUUCAGAAAUCUUAAGUCCUAGCUUAAAAAUAUUUACUAUACUUUAUCUCACUACAAAAGCACCAAAUUUAAAUUAUCAAACAGGCUUUGAACUGUAAUUUAAGGAGCAAUUAUAAAUUGAAAGUAAUGAAAAUUUGUAUUAUUUUUCUUCAUUCCACUUAAUUUUCUUAGAAAUAACUCCCCUGUUCUGAACACUGCUGUGAGCCAUAUAUAAAACUGUAUUAAACUGAAGAACAAUAAGGGACUUAGUAUAAAGCAGUGCAUCAGUUAUUGCAGCUGUGUGACUAUAAAUUCAGUGCUAAAAGGCUGUGGCCAACUUGCCAUUGUGCAAGGGAAGCUGAGAUUUCCAUUAAAACUUCAAGAGAGAAACAUUUCAAUCUCAUGCAGAAGCCAGACAUGAGGUAUGGUAGAGCCUAAAGGACCAGGCCCUUUGCUGCCAUCACACAGGAUGCCUCCCUUCUUGUUUAAGACACCCCAACUCACUUAUGUUUAUACUCUCACCAGCCACAAAAUGGCUUCUGCCCCGUAGGAUGUUGCUCACGUGUUGAGCUCACUGAGAUGAUACCAUGCAAAAGAUAGACUGGCUCGGUAACAACCAGGCAGACCCUUUUGCAAUUUGCUGACAAUUAUGAUGGGUUCCAGAUGUCCCUGCUUUGAUAUGGUAGAAGGGUGUUUAUUUAUAUGAGAGCAAGUAUGCAUGUGUGCGGGCGCUUUUGAGUGUGUGGAUAGAUGAGUGUGCUUGCACAUAAAUGUGCUAUUUCUGUGAGUUUUAAAGUAGGCAAGGGAUAACAACCAAAGAACUCAUGAAGACUAGAGAUCAUAAAGCUUAAUUUUCAUAGUCACCCAACCAAGUAUUUUGUAUUUCUUACAGAUACUCUGAAUGGCAAUCAAAUGUGAAACCCGGUUUGUUGGGCAAGUAAAAUUACAGAAUCAAAUGUAUCUAAAUUAAAACAACUAGCUCAUGUUUUCCCUAUCCUCAGGUUUCACAUCUUGCUCAUCAAAAGACUCAAUCAAAAGAGAUUUAAAAACAAAAUAAGAGGGUACUUGUUUAUAUUAAUAUUUUGUACUUGAACACUUGUAGCUUGCAGCAGGUACUUGCUGAAUGUGCUUCGUGUCCAGCACAGCUCCUUUGCUGCAGUAUAGCAUGUGUACACCAACACCCAAAGCACAACAGCAAAUGGCUACUUUGUAAAGAUUGUCCUUGCAGUUAAAGAGCAUGUUUGACAAAUCCAUCAGAGAGUUCUGAAACUAUGUGCUAGGUGUGUGAUAUAUGCCAUGACCUAAUCUGAAUGAUUAGGUUUUUUCAGCAAAGAGAGCCUCCAAAAUCCAACCUAAAUUUCCAUGUUGGCUUUAGAUAGUUGGCAUGAGACCUGGUUCUGCAUGCUUAGUCAUGUCCAUCCAUAUCUCAUUACCUGCUUUCUCUCUCAGCAUCACAGCUCAUGUCCUUGAGCUUUCCAAACAGAAAAACAAUAUAUGAGAGCGUCCUUGCAGGGGCCUCUUGGUGCUGCCCUUAGAAAUAGCCCAAGUGCCAUUUUAGCAUUCAGCGCAGGGGGUGGGGAAAGCCCACAGGCAGCGCAGCACCAGCACUGGAUUCCCUUGGCUCUUUUCAAAGAAGAGUUAAUUUGGUGCUAAUAUGUCCUGGUGAAAUAAAAUAAAAUAG